AUGAAUGCUGGUUCUUCUACCACCAAACAAGAGUCUUCUGGUAGUGGUUCAGCAACUGCAUCUGAUACGGCGAGCAGGCAACAAGUGAAUAUGGCUCCAUCUGUAGGUGCUGUUGCUCUUCAACCUCCGUUGAAUAGAAGUAGAACUGGUUCAGUACCUGUACCAUUAUCAGGACCUAGUUCAGCAUCUCACUCGUCUAAUGUUGCAGGAUUACCACCAAUUCUACCUGCAGGUUAUGACCAGCAGCCUCCUCCACCCGAGGCUUUUGAGAACAAUCAAUUAUAUCAAAUAUACCGGUUACGACAUGCUGUUCAACAACGUCGAGAACAAUCCUUUCCUGCUCCACCUCCUUUGACAUCAUUUUCCACUCCUCCUAGUCCUCCAAGUGCUACAUCUCCGAGUGUUCGAGGCCCGCCUCAGCCAGAUUUACGGUCUCGGGAUAUUAGGGACCGCGACCCUCAUGGUCAAGUUGUUGGUCCAGGACAUGGUCCAGGACAUGGUCCAGGACAUUCUACUGUUAUAUCAGUUCCCGAGUCUCCUGCUGAGUCCAUGAAAGAUAUUUUCAGCUCCACCAGUAGCAGUACCAGAAAAGAGUCGACCUCGUCUUUGGGAUCUCCUCUAAGUGGUCCAUCUACAAAUGUUUCUCCUACUUCGACUCAUCCAGCACAAAAUCCAACCCAAAAAACCGUUCUUCCAUCUGUACAAAGUCUCCUUGCAUCCAUCUCUCCACCUCCUAGACGACGGGUGUCGCAUGAAUAUCCUACUUCACAGCGGGAAAAGUUAAGAGAAAACAGACGUAGUGUACCUAGUCCUCUACCUCCAGCUACACGAGACAGACCAAGAAGUCUCUAUAGCUCAUUUACUAUCCCCGAGUCGUCACGACAACAACAAACUUCUGCAUUACAGAGCUCUCCCUUGGAACCCCGGAGAACCUUUUAUUAUACACCUUCGAUACCAGAAGCUCCAUCCAAACCACUUGAACACCAGCCACCAGUUCAUUUUGCGCCGGGAUUUCAACCAGUGUAUCCAGAGCAUCCACAACAACAUCCUCCACCUCCACCACCGCGUCCUGUUCACUCUCAGCAACUUCCACCACCACCUACCCAACCGUCACAAUUGCAACCUUCGCAACUGGGUCCACCCCAUCGUCAACAAGUUCCACCACCACCUCCACCUCCAGCUCAUGUUCAACAAUCAACCACUCUCCAACAUCCUUUGCAUCCACGUCAGCAACAGGUUCCCGUACGACAACCUCCUUUGCAACACGAGCAAGCUCCAACUCCAGCUCCAGCUCCACUUCAAGCUCCACCGCAACUGCAACCAGCGUACCCUAUCCAGAGUUCGCAGCCACAACCCCAUAGCUAUCCUCAGUCUCCCAAUACUUACUACACAUAUGGUAAAGCAUCUUCUCCAUACACCAGUCCUAUCAUUCAUGGUACAGGAUCAGGCUCGUCUCAAAUCAAUCCUUCCAGAGGUUCAGUGUCAGGUUCGCAAUACUCGCCCAUUCGUCGACAAUCGUAUCCCCGGUCUCCUCCUCCUCCUCCUCAACACGCACCACCUCAUCUUUCCCAUAACCAUCCCGGUCCACCACCUGCUCCAUCUCAGGUACCACCACCACCACCACCUCCUCCUCAUCCAUCUCAAAGACGGAUUCCUCCAUCUCAUUCCGUUCAACCAUUUGGUGUGUCCCCCGUAAUCCCACCACCACCUCCACCGUCCGGACCACUAGGACAAGUGUCGCCGAGAAUGAGACCCCAGCUCCAAAUAGGAAUUCCUCGUGAAAGCCAGUAUCACCAGCCACCUCUCGUCCAUCCUCAGCCACAGUAUCAAGUUCAAGUGAAAGAACAACCUCCACAGUCUCAUCCUCAGUUAGUUCCUUCUCAGCGGUUCCAACAUCAUAUUCCUCCCGAACCAUUAGGAUCCCGAGGAAAGAUGCCCGUCAAACCACCAAAAAGCAGCCCACUCAAGUUUCGACCACCUCUCCAACCUCAGGGACUUCGUCACACUCCAAGAAUGCCCAUUCGAGAACCGAUUGCUGGACCCUCAUCCCGAACACUUCCUCAACCAUUACAACCUCGCCCACCACAUCUCAAAGGACAGAGACCAACACGAGCUGUUAAACCCAAGAGAAAAAGAGCUACUUCAUAUCAAGUGACGAGACUGAACGAGGUGUUCCAACAGACGUUUUUCCCAUCGUCCGAGUUGCGACUCCACCUUGCCAUGGAACUAGGAAUGACGCCACGAACCGUUCAAAUCUGGUUUCAGAACCGACGUCAAGGCUGGAGAUCAGAAAACAACCGUACAAUUCCCCGCGAAGGUGUUAACCCAUGGUCAGAAGAAGGUAUUGACGUUCCUGGCAAACCGUCUUCCAGUGCCAGUCGACGACCCAUUGCCGGUACCGGAGUCAUUGACUUUUCAAAGCCAUACCCCCCUUCAACCCGAGGAGAUUACAUGCAAGAAGACGAAGAAGACGAAGAGGAAGAAGAAGACGACGACGACGGAGACGAAGAUGACGAUGACGACAGCGAGGAACCCGACGAAGACUACGGAGACAUGUCGGACGACGAACCCCCACGACCCCCUGGCGACGCUCCCCCACACCGCCCCUAA